CUUCCCCAGGUGCCACGUUGGUAACGAACCCAAACUUCUCUGAAUUUCGUUUCUGUUUUAUAGGAAAUUCAAGAAUUUAAACUUCAAAAUGGGUGGUAACCACCAUUCUAAGAAUCAGAAGCCCGGGGAACUCUCCCCGACAACUGUUCCAAGCGAGGAAAUGAAAGCUCUAGCCGAAAAGUUUAAAGCUGAUGUGGAAAGAGAAUUGGGAAAGGAACUAGAUACCUUUGACCCCGUCUCUUUCAGAAAACUAGUCGUACUAGCGGAUGUAUAUUUCAUUAAGGUUAAAAUCGGGGAUGAGUAUGCACAUGUACGAAUUUACGAUCCCUUUCCAAAAACAGCGUCAGAGAAAACCAAGUUUGAGGGCGUGCAGGAAGGCAAGACACUGGAGGACGACAUUGUUGCAUUUCAAGAGCGUGGUCCUUGUGAAGAGGUCGAGGGAGCUGUAGAAGAAGCGCCAGAACCACCCAAAGAGGAGCCCGAAAAAGAAGAACCCAAAGAGGAGCCGAAGGAAGAGGAGCCCAAAAAGGAAGAAGCCGAGUCAAAGGAAGAAGGUGGCGGCCUCCUGGACACCGUGAAGGCGGGGGCUUCCAGCGUGGAAGACAAAGGUAGCAGUCUCCUAGAUACGGCGAAGGCGGGGGCUGCGAGCGUGGGAGUGAGUUUUUGAUGUGCGGCCUAAUUGUUACCAUGCCCUUUAGUUCUA